CCAUUCACACUCACAUUCACACCUACGCUCAAUUUAGAGUCACCAGUUAACCUAACCUGCAUGUCUUUGGACUGUGGGGGAAACCGGAGCACCCUGAGGAAACCCACGCGGACACGGGGAGAACAUGCAACCUCCGCACAGAAAGGCCCUCGCCGGCCACGGGGCUCGAACCCGGACCUUCUUGCUGUGAGAGGACUAUUCUCCCACUAUUCUCAAGAUGCUGAAGAUGUGAUAGAACACCAGCAUGGCAGAUAAACUGAAGGUGCAUGUGUUUUUGGGUGCACCCAAUCCCCAAUCACUGUCUGAGGAUGCCUUGGAUAAAAGUUCCAGUCAGUGGAGGACUUUAGAGUUUAGCUGGAAUCAAGGAAGGCUGAUGCCCAGGAAGGACAUCACUGAGGGCCAGAUACAUAGUCAUGUUGCUGCAGAGGCUAUUAGUAGCCAGAACCCAACCACUGAUGAUGAUGAUAAGCGUAGCUUCUCAUGUUCUCAUGAGGGUAUUUUGGCAGUGUCUGAAGAUGAUAUUACACCCUCGAUUAGCCAGUCUUCUCUAGCCAAGCAAGCACUGCCUGAAGAGGAUGACGUGAGUCCUGGACUGGUUACUGAAUAUCUAGACAGCUGCUUUCCCUCCCCACAAACCAACCCAAGCUCUGACUCUGAACCAAGUCCUGCCAUGUCUGCAAAGACAGAAUAUUUAACCACCUGGACCAAGACACAUGGAUUGCUCCUGAAACCUGGAGUGGUUUGGGAGCAGAGUUCUGGCUCAGUCAGUGCUCUUGGAUCUCCUCAAAUGCCACCAAAACAAACUCCCUCAGCCUCCUUGGGUUCUCCAGAGCUCUAUAGCCCAGAGGUCAGUCCAGGAGAUGGAGGUCUGGGAGGAACCCUGCAAGGGUCAGUAGACCUUUAUGAGAGUCUGAGUCAAAGGCUGCAGGAAGGAGGUGUGAUUUUGUUGCGCACACCUGAUGGCCUCCUGUGCUCUCAGGCCAGUGCAGUGGAGCAGGAGGAAUUUGAAUUCCAUUUUGGUUCCCAGAACAAAGCUGUAGAAGCUUUGCCUUCUCCCAGCACCCCAAAACAGGCUAAGCUCUCUUCAGCUACGGUUUGGAGGCAGCAGCGAACUGGACAAAAAAACAUGUUCCUGCUUCGUGGUCCCACAAUGCUGCUCUCCAGGUGCAGUAGUCACGGAGUGAGUUACUCCAUCUUGGUUGCCGUGGUGCACCCGUGCCAUGUAAAGGAGAUCCGCGUGAAAUCUGGAGCAUCAACUGGAUCCAGUGUUCCAAUGGCUACGGUGAUCGUCACUGACCAAUCAGGAGUGGAGAUUAAGGUGGUGCUGUGGAGAGCAGCAGCAUUCUGGGCACUGACCGUCUAUCCAGGAGACAUAUUGCUCAUCACAGGUGUGACGGUCCAUGUGGAUAAAUGGCGAGGAGAAACUGUACUACAGUCAUCCUAUAAGAGCCAGCUCCUGAACCUGGGCCAGCUCACUCAAAGCCAUAAUCCACAAGCUCCACAAAAUGUAAACGUUCACACGUUGAGAGCUCUGUGUACUCAUCUGUAUGAGACGCGCCCUCUGCUGGUGUCUCUGCCUCCUCGCACCGUUCAGAACCUGCAGUCAGUCCCCUUCGUCCACCUCUGGUCUCUCCGACCUGACACAAUCGUUCAUGCACUGCUACGAGUCAAACACGCCAGGAUGAUUUCAGACUGGCGCAGCGAAGCGGAGGGUGUGUCCCGGACAGGUGGUGUGCCCAAAGCUGUGUUAACCGUAGAGCAGGGGGGCGGCAGGCAAGCAGCUGUUGUUCUAUGGGGAACUGCUCUCACCUGGUUACAGCACAUACACACCAACAAAGAUGCGGUUUGGGAAUUCCGGCUGCUGCUGGUGAAACAGGAUAUAACUUCAGGCCUUCUAGAGCUUCACUCUACACCAUGGAGCUCGUUCCAGCCUCUGCUCCCAAACAACCCACGAUACAAAGAGUUCUGCAGCACAGUUACUUCACACCAGGGCAGCAGCAGCUUUGAGAUUGACCUACACACACUCCUGUCUCAGAAAUACACAGGUGACGUGGACCUGAGAGUUCAUAUUGUAGCCUUCCAGUUCCACAGCAGUCCUUCCCAGGAUGUAGUGCUACUCAUGGAUGGAGAGACGCCUCUAGAAAGGAUCCUGGACAUUGUGUCUGGUGAUAUCACUUUCACUGGAUGUGGCCUGUGCUAUGCUGAGCUAGACACAGAUGAGAACGGCAUCUACAGACCGUGCUACCCAUGUCUGCCUCAUACUGGAGUACGACGUUAUUACAGGUCUGUAGUUCUCACUGUGAGAGAAGGACAGAGUCAGGUCUGUGUGCACGUUCCACCUAUGCUUGUGCAGAAGAUCCUGCUUAACACCCCACCAGACAAGCUAAACAAGACCGUAGCUCCUUUGUCAGAGGAAAGAUUUGUUCAGGUGGUGGCUAAGAGGAUCCACUCCAUCCUAUCUGCUCCAAGGUCCAUGUUUCAUCUCACCAUCCGCAGCCAUUUUGACUGUGAUGAAAACGGCAUUGCUAUCAUACAGAACUUCUUGCUGUUAGAUUUUAUUUCACAGGAAGCUUGAAGCAAUCAGUGUGUCCUUAUACCUACUUAUUACUUGCUUAUAUACAAUUUUUUUUUCAACUCAGAACUGGAAUAAUUGUAAAAACAAUAUGGAUCUAAAAUAUCUUUGUGUCGAUCUAACUAUAAUUUGAAAAGUGAAAUGUUGUAAAAGCACGGAUUUAAAUAUUGACCUGAAUAUAUUUUAUG